CUGGCCAGUGGUACACUCACUGGGGUGAUGUUGUAGUUUGCAGGAGCUGCCCGGAGCAGGACGUGAGGCGACCUGCCCGUUCUGCUUCAUUGCCGGACGCCUUGUCCCUUGGCUUCUAAAACACAACACAAAAAAAACUCAACAUGGUCCAGCGAAACUAACCGGCUGCCCCGCUGCUUGUUGGAGAGUCCCAGGCGCUCACCGUGAUGCUUGACUGUGUUGCAGAUGGAAUCCAAUGCAACUGAUGUGAAUCCACAUUAAACUACUCACUCAAGAUACACUCUCAGAUUGGGCCAAGGAGUGAAGCACAUUCCUGAAGGAGUCGAGGGCCGCUGUUUUUAAGCUUAUGAGAAACCGGCCCGCUCACACCAUGCCCGUCAAGAUGGCCGCCAGCUUUUCUUGCCCUCACUGGAACGCCUUGAGACAAGGAUGUGCAUUGCCAUGGUGAUCAUAUUAAAGAAAACACUGGAAAAGAAGGGCGCCGACGAUGUAACAUCCAAAAGGACAGAUUUGGGCCCGUUCCAGGCACAGACCAUGAGCCAGGGGACUACGCUUUUCUCUUGUGGACUCAUGGAGACAAACCGGUGGUGUGAGGUGGGUCACAGCUGUGCCAUACAGCAGAGGCCAGUUGGGACCAGCCUGGAGAGCCUGUGGGAUGUCCUGCCGGAGGUGCAUAAAAGUUCUGCCAACUGGGACUGGGAUGUUGGCUCCACUUCGAGCACAAUCACAAGCUUGUUGCAAGACCUCAGUCUGACUGAGGCUGCCUCCUCGCACUCCACUGCACCCCCCAGCAAACGGCAGUGCCGAUCCUUGUCUUGCUCUGAUGAGCUCGGCGGUUGCCGCUCUACCUGGCGCCCCCAGGGCUCUCGUGUGUGGACGACUGUGGAGAAGAGGAGGUGCCACAGCGGGGGCAGCGUCCAGCGCGGGGGUGUUGGGAACGCUCUCCUCGGCUUCCCAGCCAUGCAGCGCAGCUCCAGCUUCAGCCUGCCUGCCCGCUCCAACACCCUGGAGCUGCCCUGCUUCACUCAGCGUCUCCCCUACCCCUCUGCGUUCACUGGCCUGACGCCCUCCUCCUCCAUGCCCCUGUCCUCCGAGCCCUCGGCGCAGCCCCUCUACCUCUCUCACGAACAGAUCUGCCUCCCUGAGCCUCGUGGACCCUCGCCACCCAGCUCCCCUGACUCCACUCCAGAGCUGGAGCGCCGUGGUGGACAGGGGGGUCUCGCCCGCAGCCGCUCACAGCCGUGCGUCCUGAACGACAAAAAGAUUGGUGUGAAGCGCAGAAGACCAGCCGACUCUCACAAACAGAGGCCUUCUUUGGACCUGGCCAAGAUGACCCAGAAACUUCGGAAUUUCCACAGCCUUAGCUGCCCUGGAAUCACAGGCGAAGACAGCUGCGAGUCCGGCCAGGCCCUCCUUACUCUCAGGAGCACCGCUCAGUGCGACACCGACGACUCAUCUGCAAACGAACACAGCUUUGAGGAUGUUCAGCCUCGGACCAAAGAGAGCGAGAUCACCAGAAACGUGUCAUCAGACCCCACCAUCGAGGAGGUGGACUGGAACUCCACGGACUGUGGAGACAUGACAACCAAUGGGAAGGACAAUGAGCCUCUGUGGGCGGGGCUGUGUAGCAUGAGGAAGGACGUGUAUCAGCUUGGAGGCGAGCUUGACAUUGAGCAAAUUGAGAGGAACUGAGCUGGACUGUCUUGCUCUCAGGGGAAGCUAAUUUAGGGGACUGAAAGUUUCUCACCAGGUGGUACAGCGAACAGUACUGAUAGUCUUAAGGAGAAAGCAAGUGGAAAAGCUAAUGAAAUGAGCGUUCCAGCACUUGUUUUUUUGUUUUUUUUUCCCCUCAAGGAGAGAUUGAGCAGGAGCUUUGUGGGCUAAAAGCCCAAUUUUGGAGACUUUGUGUAGUCAGAAGCUACUUCCGCGCUGUGCGGUAUCUCAACUGUGUCUCAGGAGAACAAGGAAGUCGGGGAGGAUGGAUUCGGGUGGAGAUAAUAAAAACUGAUAAAUAGAAAAUUGAUAUAUUAAUGUUGGCUCAGAGUAUGGGGUCUUUAACAUUUCUCUGUAACCCUGAUUACCUUCGUUGUACUACAUUUGGAGAGAAUUCACAGCAGGUUUGUAUAAAUUCUCUGCACUAGAAUGAGUGUCCGUUCUCCUGCUUGUCUUUAAUCGUACAUGGGUACACGACGGACAGAAAAACGGAGACCACUUCAAGAGCUACUGUUAGCAAAAAGCCCCUUUCACUCUUACUGAGCAACAAGCUGCACGCACACACAGCCUGUAAAGUAUAUUGAAGAGCUUAACAUUUCACACAGUAACAUCAGGCUUCUCUGAGAUCUAUGCUCCCGUUUGUUUGAGAGAAAACUUUGUGAUGCUAAUAGCGUUAAUAUUCUUUCUUUUUACGAUUUGUAACUACAAAGUUAUGUAAAACAUGAGCAUAUUUCUAUACAAAUAAAACACAGUUUAAAUGUGUCAUUA